GGACUCCUUGUAUUUAUACUUCGUGAAUUCGGAGUUCGAAUAAAGCUUUGUGAUGUUAGAGGUUAUAGUUUUCAUCAGGCAUUAAUUCAAAAUAGAAAGUUUAAAUAAAAAAAUCAACGGCUUCAUUUGGUUAGACAAUGGAGGAUAUAUCAAAAUCUUCCUAUGACCCAAAAGAAUUUUAUGCAGAUUCAGCUAAGUAUUGGAAUAAUGUUCCUGCAACUCUAAAUGGAAUGUUAGGUGGAUUUGGAUUUAUUUCUCGUAUCGACAUCGAUGGAUCUGAUGGAUUUUUAAAUUCAUUAUUUGAACUUGAAAAUCCACCAAAUAAAAAUUAUGCAUUGGAUUGUGGUAGCGGAAUAGGAAGAAUUACAAAAAAAUUACUUAUUAAACAUUUUAAAUUAGUGGAUUUAGUUGAACAAAAUAGUAAAUUUUUAGAUACUGCCAAAAAACUUUUGCAGUCAUCGAAUGUUGGUGAAUUUUAUUCUUUAGGAUUACAAGAUUUUUAUCCAGAAUCAAAGAAGUACGAUGUCAUUUGGUGUCAAUGGGUUUUAGGAUAUCUUCACGAUGAUGAUUUAAUAGAAUUUUUAAAAAAGUGCAGCAACGCACUGAAAAAUAAUGGAAUGAUAAUAGUAAAAGAAAAUUUAACAAGUUCAAACAAAAUUGAAGUCGAUGUUCAAGAUUCUUCUUUUACUAGGCCAUAUGAUAAUCUGAAAAAAGUAUUUCAAGCUGCCAAUUUGAUUUGCAUUAAAGAACAAGAACAACUUCAUUUGCCUCAAGGUUUAUAUCCUGUACAUAUGUUUGCGCUAAGACCUGGAAAAUAAUAACAUUUAUAAUUAUGUUGAAUUAUAUAAAUAACUAAUUUAUAAUAACGUA